GACCAGGCGCCUCUGUCCAGAUUGGGGUCUGUUAAUUGACUUUACAAACAUCAAUUAGUACAAUACCUUUGAGCUAACUCUUGUGUACUUAAAUACUGAGUUCUGAGCUGAGGCAUCUAACCGUUUGUCCACUGUCUGUUUCCAUGGAAGAACUUCAGCAGAAACACAAGGAGAGUCUGCGGGAACAACCUGAAACACUGAGAGUGAACACGAUCCUGAUGAGGGAGAAGGUGAAGGUUUUCCAGCUGGUUGAUCGAUACGCUGAGCUCACGGUGAUUACUACUGUUCGAGACCGGAGACUGGUGGAACAUGAGCUGCUGGCAAGAGGCAGAGACCACGAGGAGUGGAGACACAAACAUCUGUGUGACCAGCUGGAAAUACUCCGGAGUGAUCAGUUGUUCCUGAGAAGAUUUUCACGGAAUAAAUCCACAUCUGCGAUUUUGGCAGCAGUAGCCGGAGUCGCGGGGAUCGGGAAAACAACAAUGGUACAAAAGAUUGUACAUGACUGGGCCACGGGGAAAAUAUACCAACAGUUCCAGUUUGUCUUCAGUUUCAAAUUCCGAGAUUUAAACUCCAUUAACUGCAGAAUAAACCUGAGGGAACUGAUCCUGGAUCAGUAUCCUUACUUUGGGAAUUUCCUGAGAGAGAUCUGGAAGAACCCAGAGGGAUUGCUCUUGAUAUUCGAUGGUUUGGAUGAAUUCAAAGACAAAAUUGAUUUUGCUGACAGUCAGAGAGACACAGAACCUCAGCCCACAGGCACAGAUCCUGAAUUCAAGUGCAAGGUGUCUGACAUUGUGUACAGUUUAAUCCAGGGCAAGCUGCUCCCAGGGUGUUCAGUGCUGGUGACCACCCGUCCGACUGCGUUACAUUUAUUGGAAAAGGCAGAGAUCAGUAUCUGGGCUGAAAUCCUGGGAUUUACUGAUGAGGAACGGAAGGAAUAUUUCAUCAGACAUUUUAAAGAUCAGACUGUGGCGGAAGCUGUUUUCAAACACGUGAAGGAGAACGAGAUCCUGUACACCAUGAGCUACAACCCCUCCUACUGCUGGAUCCUCGCUCUGGCACUGGGCCCCUUCUUCACACAAAGAGUCAGGGACCCGCAGCGAGUUCCCAAGACCAUCACCCAACUGUACUCCUACUAUAUUUACAACAUCCUGAAAAACCACGGCCGUGAGAUUGAGAACCCCCGUGAUGUGUUACUCAGAGUUGGUCAGUUGGCCUUCAGAGGAGUGUCCGAGAAGAAGAUUGUGUUCACAGAUCGAGAUUUGAUCAAGUACAAUCUGCAGCCUUCCCAGUUCCUAUCCGGGUUCCUGAUGGAGCUUUUGGAGAGAGAGGAUUCUGCCCGGAGCGUGGUGUACACAUUCCCGCACCUCACCAUCCAAGAGUUUGUAGCUGCAGUCGCACAAUUCCUGAAUCCCCAUCCCGGGGAUAUCCUGAUAUUACUCACUGAAGCCCAGAACAUGACAGAUGGGCGAUUUGAGGUAUUUCUCCGUUUUGUUGCUGGUCUCUCCUCCCCAAUGACAGCUUGGGGCCUAGAGGAGUUUCUGUGUCCACCUCUACAUCAAACAACCUACCGAGUGAUUGACUGGAUGAGGGAGGAGGUUAAACGUCAGAGUGGAAACACAUGUAGUGAAGCUGGUAAAAGGAGCCUCCUGAACACAUUGCACUACCUGUUUGAGUCUCAGAAUCGUGGACUGGCUCAGGCCGCACUGGGAUCUGUGGAAACACUUUCAUUCAGUGGAAUGCCACUGACCCCGAUUGACUGCGCGGUCCUGUCUCAUGUCAUCGGACACUGUGAUACAAUAAAACACCUCGACCUGGAGAACUGCCACAUUCAGUGUGAAGGAAUCCAGCGGCUGGUACCCGGGCUGCACAAGUGCCUGGAGUUGCGACUUGGGCUUAAUGACCUGGGAGAUUUAGGAGUGAAUCUGGUGUCUGCGGCUCUGAUGAACCCGGAGUGUAAAAUACAGAAAAUGUGGCUGGACAAUGUCAAGCUCACAGAUUCUGGUGCCAAGGAUCUCGCCUCCGCUCUCAGUACAAACCCAUCACUGACGGAGCUGAACCUGACUGACAAUGAACUGAGAGAUUCAGGAGUUAAACUGGUGUCUGCGGCUCUGAGGAACCAGGAGUGUAAAAUACAGAAACUGUGGCUGAGGAAUGUCGGUCUCACAGAUUCUGGUGCCGAGGAUCUCGCCUCUGCUCUCAGUACAAAACCAUCACUGACGGAGCUGGACCUGAGUGAGAAUGAACUGGGAGAUUCAGGAGUUAAACUGGUGUCUGCAGCUCUGAGGAACCAGGAGUGUAAAAUACAGAAACUGUGGCUGAGGAAUGUCGGUCUCACAGAUUCUGGUGCAGGCGACCUCGCCUCUGCUCUCAGUAUAAACCCAUCAAUGACGGAGCUGGGCCUCGGCUGUAAUAAACUGGGAGAUUCAGGAGUGAAACUGGUGUCUGCGGCUUUGAGGAGCCUGGAGUGUAAAAUACAGAAACUGUGGCUGGACAGUGCCGAUCUCACAGAUUCUGGUGUCGAGGAUCUCUUCUCCGUCCUCAGUAUAAACCCAUCACUGACGGAGCUGGACCUGAAUGGUAAUAAACUGGGAGAUUCAGGAGUGAAACUGGCGUCUGCGGCUCUGAGGAACGCAGAGUGUAAAAUACAGAAACUGGGGCUGGAGCGUGUCGGUCUCACAGAUUCUGGUGCCGAGGAUCUCGUCUCCGCUCUCAGUACAUACCCAUCACUGACGGGGCUGAAACUGGGACUAAACUCGCUGACAGACGGAUCAGUCCCCGCUCUCCGCCACCUCAUACUGAACCACCAGAGGCUGAAGUGGAUCGAGUUGCUGAAGAAUAAGUUCAGUGAGACCGGGGAGAAGGAACUGAGACCUCUGCGGGGAGUCAGACCCGGACUGACAGUGGCCGUGUGA